CAACUAACAACUAACUAACUAAAUCAAACGGCAUCUAAAUUGGAACAAUGAAACUGAAACUGAAAAUAAAAAAAAAAAAUUUCUGAAGUUUGAGCGCGACACGUAAAAAAAGUAGCCAUGAUUAUAUACAGGAACGCCAAUCACGCAGGAUUGGACUGGAACUUUCUUUGAGUUUGAAAGAAUGAACCUUUUACGACUCAACACAUAUUACAAUCUAUCAUCUAUCAUCGCUCAUCAUCAUCAUCAUCAUUGGUCAUUGGAUCUACAGACGUCAUCAAGGUCAUCACACCCAUCAUCAACUGCUGCAUCAAAAUCCAAUUACAUCGGACAAAACCCCAAGCUUAUCUCAUCUAUUCCCAUACACAUCUCUUCAGUUUUGUUUCGGUCUCCACUGUUGUGUCAAUUACUACCACAUUCCCUUCGUCCAUCCAUCUCAUAAUUCAUUGUUUCCAAGAUGAUGAAAAGUUUCAGAAGAAGUAAGAGGCAAUCUUCAAAUUCUACUGCAUCUUCUCCUAAGCAUUCCAUAACAAGAGUUACAUCCAUUGGCGCUGCCGAUGUAAGUGAUGUUUUACAAUCUCCAAAAAAAGUUAUAAAAGCAUUAUAUGAUUAUCAACCUCAAGGUCCUGGAGAAUUGAAAUUCUCCAAGGGGGAUUUCUUUCAUGUAUUAAGUGAUUCAGUAGAUGAUACUACUGAUGGUAAUAGUACUGAUAAUUCUAAUGCUUGGUAUGAAGCUACCAAUCCAGUAACUCAUGUAAAAGGUAUGGUACCUGUUAGUUAUUUCGAAGUAUUUAAUAGAUCAAGACCAGUGGCUCAAGAUACUGCCAUAAGCCAAGGCUUGACUGGUAAUGAUAUUCAAAAUCAUAAUCUUCAAAAUCAAAAUCAAAAUGCAUAUCCUACAUCUCCAACUCAAUUAUCUCGUUCAAAUCAAAGAAAUUCAAGUCAAACCCUUUAUGCGAUUGUACUUUAUGAAUUCAUUGCUGAAAGAGAAGAUGAAUUAAAUAUAUACCCCGGAGAAAAUUUAAUAAUUUGUGCUCAUCAUGAAUUUGAAUGGUUUAUUGCUAAACCAAUAAAUCGUUUAGGAGGUCCUGGUUUAGUACCAGUUACAUAUGUUAAAAUCAUUGAUUUAUUGAAUCCAAAUGCUCAAAAUCCCGAUCUUAAUCCUUCAAAUCAAGAUGAUAUCACUCGUACCAUUAAUGAUUUUAAAAUCCCCACUGUUGAACAAUGGAAAGAUUCAAAUGCAAAAUAUCAAGCUUCAACCAUUCCACUUGGUUCAAUUUCAUCAACUAAUCAAACUCCUCCUGUUUCUUCUAAUAGUCAAUUCUUUGAAAAAGAUCAUAAUAAUAAUGGUAAUGGCAAUGGAUAUGGAUCUAAUAGAUCUUCAUUAAGUUCUUCAGGUACUGUUAUUCUUGAAGCGGGUGUUGAUUCUUAUCAAUUAGAUCAUGGUAGAUAUCAAUAUCUUAUUACUGCCAAACUUUCAAAUGGUAAGAUAAGGCAAUUAUACAGAUAUUAUCAAGAUUUCUAUGAUUUACAAGUUAAAUUAUUAGAAUUAUUUCCUUAUGAAGCAGGUAAAAUUGAAAAUUCAAAACGUAUUAUUCCAUCUAUACCGGGUCCAUUAAUUAACGUUAAUGAUAAUAUUUCAAAAUUAAGACGAGAAAAAUUGGAUUAUUAUUUACGAAAUUUAAUUGCAUUACCAAAUCAUAUAUCGAGAUCUGAAGAAGUUUUACUUUUAUUUGAAGUAUUGGAUAAUGGGUUCGAUAAAGAAUUGAUAACCAGUGAUGGUGGAACUAAUCUUAAAAGAUCAUCAAAACCAAUAAGUCAACAAUCGAAUUAUCAUCAUGAAAGAUUAUCAGAAUAUUCAUCUUAUCCUAAUAAUGUAUCAAAUUCAAGAAAUUCAUAUACUCCUCCUACCGAAUCUAGAUCAAGAUCUUCAAGUACCCAUUUGAUAGGUGAUACCACCGCAAAAUCAAUACCACCAUCAACCCAACAACCACAAACACAAGCACAACAAGUUCCAUCCCAAUCCCAAUACCAAUCCCAAUCUCAAGCACAAGCACCAAAGGUUAAGGUGAAAUUCUAUUUCGAUGAAGAUAUAUUUGUAUUGUUAUUGCCAACGAAUCUUCGCUUACAAGAUUUAAAAACCAAAUUAUUCAAACGUUUGGAAUUAGAAAAGAAUAAUAAUAUUGAAAGUGGUCAAGAAUUUACUCCAUCUGAUGUUCAAUUAUUCUUAAAGAAUGAUUAUGAUGAUUUCGUAAAUGAAAAUAAUAUUGUGAAUGAAGAUUUCAAUGCCAUUCAAAAAUCUAAAUUGAAAGAAUUCGAAGUGGAUGAUGAUUACAAGUUCCAUGGUAUUUUAUUCGAUAAAUGUAAAUUGGUUAUCCUUGUAUCAUGAUCCAUUCGUUGAUUACUUUCAAUUAUCACCAUUACUAGUAUUUUUUAAUCUUUUGCAGUAUAUAGUUCAUAUAUGUGUAUGUAUUCUUUUAAUAUGCAAUUUCAAGUCGAUUUGCAUUGGGCAGUGUAACUAACAAGGCAUAAAUUUUAUAAAAAGUAAAGAUCUAAUAGACAUUAAACUUUUAACAACCUCCUAUCCCCCAUAAACUCCUUC